UGUAACCCUAAAGUUAAGAUCAAGUAUGAGUACUCUCUCAGAAGCCUAUACAGACACCCCUCUCCACCUUCAACAUAUUAUCCCUCUAGACUUUGAAUCUGUCCAAACAGUCCCUGACUCUCACUCAUGGCCUCAAAUCAAUGAUUCCCGAUCUGCAGUCCACUCCGAUGAAGAAUUAUCGAUUCCGGUCAUUGACUUGAUGGCUCCCGACAUCGUGGAACUCGUCGGAGAAGCAUGCCGGACGUGGGGGAUGUUUCAAGUCACCGGCCACGGCGUUCCUUCAAGCCUUUUGGAGGAUGUUGAGGCUGAAGUACGGCGGCUUUUUGAGCUCCCCGCCGGGCAGAAGGUAAAGGCGUUGCGUUCGCCCAAUGGCGCCACCGGUUAUGGUGCUGCUCGGAUAACUCCGUUUUUCUCCAAGAAUAUGUGGCAUGAAGGGUUCACCAUCAUGGGUUCUUCAGUUGAUCAUGCUAGAGAAUUAUGGCCACAUGACUAUAUACGUUUUUGUGAUGCAAUGGAUGAUUAUCAGAAGAAGAUGAAAGCACUAUCACACCAACUCUGGCUUCUAAUCCUCAAAUCCUUGGACAUAGCCGAACAACAAAUAAACUGGGCAUCUUCACUCUACGACUCCGACGGUGCACUGCAACUUAACUCCUACCCUUGCUGCCCAGACCCGAAUCGAGCCAUCGGCCUAGCCCCUCACACGGACACACUGAUCCUCACAAUCCUCCACCAGAGCGACAGCAACGGCCUCCAAAUCUUCCGAGACGGAGUCGGGUGGGUUUCGGUUUCUCCUCUCGCCGGUGCACUUGUAGUUAACGCCGGCGAUCUUCUUCAUAUCAUGUCGAAUGCUCAGUUUUCCACGGCUUAUCAUCGGGUGGUGGUGAACGAGGCCCGCCACCGUUUGUCGAUUGCCUACUUCUAUGGCCCCCCGGCCGAUUCCUUGGUGGUGCCGGUUUGUGAAAUGGAGUUUCCACUGUAUCGUUCUUUGACAGUGAAAGAGUACAUAAGUAUCAAGGCCAAGCAUCUUGACAAGGCACUUUCAUUGAUUCGAUUAUAGCCUGUUCUAUUAGUGUACAAGGUGAACAUCUUGUCCACUGUGGAGUAUUUGACUCACCUUAACUUGCAUGUUGUGGCAAUUUUGAAAGAGAUGAGACUGACUAACGAUAUCCGGAGUCGUGAUUUUAAAAGUUCAAAAGUUGGGGCGGUGGCU